GUGCUGGUGCCGGGGGGGCGGGAGCACAGGGAUGGGGGUCGGGGUGUGUGUGCACACCUGUGACAGGGCGCAGGUGACAGGUGGGUGAUGACGAUCAUGGCACGGUGUGGGUGACAGGGUUCAGGUGACAGUGCAGUGGCACGGUGCAGGUUAUGCGAUCUGGGUGGCAGUGCGGGUGACAGGGUGCAGGUGACAGGUAGGUGAUGUGCAUGACAAGUUGUGGAUGACAGUGCAGGUGACAGAGGCAGGUGACAGAGGCAGGUGACAGGGUGCUGGUGAUGGUGCAUGUCACAGAGUGGGUGACGAUGUGUGUGACAGGCUGUGGGUGACAGGUACAGGUGACAAGACGCGGGUGAUGGUGCGGGUGACGGUGUGUGCACGACAAGUUGUGGGUGACAGGGUGCAUGUGACAGUUCAGGUGACAGACAAUGAGGGUGGCAGGGCGCAGGGGGUGGCGCGGGUGACAGGGAGCGGGUGACAGCGCGUGCAGGACCCUGCGGCGCGGUAGCCGCGCUGGUGGCCCCGUGCCUGCCGGUGGCGGUGACGGUGACAGUGACAGUGACGCCGCGGGCAGCUGGAACUAAGCCGGGGGACGUGCGGGUUGGCAGCUCCGCCACGCUGGGAUCAGGGGGACAGGGCGGGGGGGAGGACGAGGGGCGUGUCCAGCCCGGGGACGCAGGACGGGGGACAGGAGAACCCCGUCGGGCUGAGCCACCCCCCGGGUCCCGCUGCAGCAGCUCGCUAGGGGACAGAGACACGGACAGGGGUGCCAGCGCCUGGCGCGAGGUGGCAGAGGGGACAAUGAGGCUCUGUGUCGCCUAAUCCGGGGCACGGGGCCGGGGGUUGGCACCCCGGAGUGGCGCGGGGGGGUUUAAAGGCCAGACCGGCCGGUGUCCCCUGUGCCAGGCGUCCCCGAGCCCUCGUCCCCUGCGCGCUCUCAGGCCAAGGCUCCCUCCCCAAGCCCCUCUGUCACCCGGAUGCUCUCCACGUCCCAGCCGAGCCCGGUGCCGAUGCCCAGCCCGGAGGAGCAGGAGUGGGCAGGGCCCGAGGCGCUGUGCCCGGGCUGGCUGGAGGACGAGGCCCCCGAUGGCGAAGUGCCCGGGGACAGCGCGGACCCCGACUGUGCCACCCACGCCUACGAGCGGCUCCAGAGCGCCCUGUGCCAGGAGGGGCUGCCCCCCACGCUGGACUGCUCCGCCGAGCCCCGCACGGGAUUUGGCCCUCUGGACAUGACCGUUUGCAUCCUGGGCUCCCCCACCCCCUUCCUGCCUGUCCUGCUGGAAGGUGGCACCCGCUGCCCAGGUGCCAUGGUGCUGUGCUUGUCCCCGACCUGGGCCAGCCGGGUGCCAUCGGAGACGUCCCCAGGCGCCUGGUCGCUGCUGCUCUCCCGGGGGGUCUCCUUCAAGGUGGGGGGGCACAGCGUCCUGGAGACCUUCGCACCCCCCCGCCGCGCCAACUACGUGACGGGCACCUUCGCGCCGGGGGACCCCGAAGGCGGCUGGGUGGGCGAGCUGGCCCGUGACCUCGACUGCCCCACGGGGGGCUCGGUCCCGCUCGCCCACCGGCUCCAGGACGCGCUGGUGGCCCGCUGGGUGCUGGCGGCUCGCGCCAACCUGCCCGUGCCCCCCACCCUGGCCUUUGUCCUGGGGGCCAGGGGGGACCUGCCCGCCGAGCCCAUGGCCCCCGGGGUGAGGCUGGUGCGGCUGGAGGACCCCCAGGGCCAGCAGAGCCUGGUGCAGGAGGAGGUGGGCGCCUUCCUGGGGGGCACCGCCAUGGAGCCCUACGGCCAGGUGGUGGUGCGGCCGGCGGGGUGGCGGUGGUGGGGGACAGGCAUCCGCAGCACCCACGGGAAGGAGGAGGGGGCGGCGGUGGCGCAGGCGGUGGGUGCCCGGCUCCGGGGGCUGACGGAGGAGGACAGCGUCCUGCUGGAGGCCAUGGUGCCCACCGCCCGCCUGCCCGUGCCCCCCCCACGCAGCCCAGCCCCGCGGCUGCCCAUGGCCCUGCGCAUCUGCACCCUCGUCUGCAGGUCCUGGGGGGACCGGCCCCAGCUCUGCCAGGUGGCCUGCGCCGUGGGACGCGCGGAGAGCCCGGUGCGUCACGGCGCGGCGCUGCCCCAGGGCCUGGACUCCAGCCUACAGCAGUGGGGGGUGGUGGCCCCCAGCCAGCGACAGGCGCUGGCCACGCGGCUGCGGGAGGCCACCGAGGCCGCCAUGGCCGCCCUCCUGGCCACCGAGGCCGAGCUGAGCCCGCAGCAGCGCGGUGGCACCCGUGCACACACCGACAUCCUGGGCGUGGACUUCCUUCUGGCGUGCGUGGAUGACGCGCUGGAGCUGGUGGCCCUGGCCACCAACAGCCAGCGGUGCCUGGAGACCUGCAUGCUGGCCGAGGCCAUGGGACGCAGCGUGGGCGAGCCCUGCGGGGACCUGCCGCGGCUGCUGGCCGAGGCCAUGCUGCACCGGGCGCAGUGUCACCUGGUCGAGGGCAAGGACAUCCUGCUCAUCGGGGCCGGGGGCGUCAGCAAGAGCUUCGUGUGGGAGGCGGCCCGCGACUACGGGCUGAGGAUCCACCUGGUGGAGUCGGACCCGGAGCACUUCGCGGCGGGGCUGGUGCAGACCUUCCUGCCCUACGACAGCCGGGAGCACAGGCGGGACGAGGAGCACGCGGAGCGGGUGCUGGAGCUGCUGCGCUCCCGGGGGCUGCGGCCCCACGCCUGCCUCUCCUACUGGGACGACUGCGUGGUGCUGGCGGCCCUGGUGUGCCAGGGGCUGGGGCUGCGCGGCCCCGCGCCCGCCGCCGUGCGGGUGGCCAAGCAGAAGAGCCGCACGCACCGGCACCUGCAGCGCUGCCGCCGCGGCCGCCCGCCGCCCGCCGCCUUCGCCGUGCCCUGCCGCCGCCUGCAGAGCCACGGCGACGUGGAGCGGGCGGCGGGCGCCGUGCCCUUCCCCGCCGUGGCCAAGCUGGAGUUCGGCGCGGGCGCCGUGGGCGUGCGGCUGGUGGAGAACGCCGGGCAGUGCCACGCUCACGCCGCCCGGCUCUGGAGGGACCUGCGCGACGACGCCGACCACCCGGGCAUCGGGCUGGGCUGGGGCAACGCCAUGCUGCUCAUGGAGUACGUGCCGGGCACCGAGCACGACGUGGACCUGGUGGUCUUCGAGGGGCGGCUGCUGGGCGCGUGGGUGUCGGACAACGGCCCCACGCGUGUCCCCGCCUUCCUGGAGACGGCGGCCUGCCUGCCCUCCUGCCUGCCCGCCGACCGGCAGGCGCAGCUGGUGCGGGCGGCGCUGGAAUGCUGCCGGGCGUGCGGGCUGCGCGACGGCGUCUUCAACGUGGAGCUCAAGCUGGGGCCGGCGGGGCCGCGCCUGCUGGAGAUCAACCCCCGCAUGGGGGGCUUCUACCUGCGCGACUGGAUCCGCGAGGUCUACGGCCCCGACCUGCUGCUGGCCGCCGUGCUGGUGGCGCUGGGCGUGCCGCCGGUGCUUCCCGCUCGCCCCGCGCCCCGCACGCACCUGGCCGGGGUGAUGUGCCUGGGCUCGGAGCACGGCGAGACCCUGGCGGGCGGCGGCGGCAUGGAGGCUCUGCGGGAGCUGCACGGCCGCGGGCUCGUCCGCCUCAACCGGCUCUUCGAGGAGCCCGAGGGGGCCGGCGAGUACGAGGAGCCGCUGCUGAGCGUGGCGUGCGCCGGGGCCACGCUGAGCGAGGCCUGCGAGCGCCUGCUGGGGCUCUGCCAGGGGCUGGGCAUCGACUCCCCGCGGUAUCCCGUGGAGCAUUUCUUGUCCCACUUCAAAUAGCGCCGGGCAGGCAGCGGGGAGAGCGGGGGAAUGGGUGCCCCGGCACAUCCCGGCACCCCCUCCCGCCGCCCCGCCGCCCCUCCCCGGCAUCCCCCCAGCACCCGGUCCCGUUGUCCCCCUUCUCCCGCGGCCUGGCACACCAUGUCCUGGCAGCUCCGUAGCACCCUGGAUCCCAGUUUGUCCUGCCACCCCAUUGCGUGGCAUUCCCCUUCAUUCUGUCAGCCCAUCCCCUGGCAUCCCCUCACUCCCUUGGAAGCCCAUCCCCUGGCAUCCUGAUAUCCCACCCACUGGGAUCCUCCUAUUAACCUGGCACUCCAUCCCGACUUUCCUGGUGCCCCAUCCCCUGGCAUCCUGAAACCCUGUCUCCUGGUGUCCCCCCCACUACUCUGACACCCCAGUUCCUAGCAUGCCCCAUGUCCUGGCACCAGAUUCCCUGGUAUCCCCUUCCAUCCUGGCACUUCAUCCUUCCAUCACACUCACACCCCUCACCCUAAGAUUCCCCCUCUCCCAAUCCAGACACCCCAUCCCCCUGUCCUAGCACCCCAUUCCCUGGUUCCCAGCAUUCCCCCUUUUCUCCCCUGUCCCUCCCUGUGCCCCCUGCCCUGUCCCUACAGCCUCUACCCCCAGUGUCCCC